AUGAAGCGAUUGCUGCCGGUGCUGCUAAGCCUGGUUCCGGUAGCUUCUUACAAAUUGAAGGGCGACCCCACGAGUGAUCAGGAGUGGACCUCUGUGAACGUCGCUUCGGAGGGGCCUGACCCUCUCAAAGAGUAUGGGCCGCAUGCAGACUUGUCGAUGGCACUGUCUCUGGUGCUGGUGAAUCUCUCGAACUACUCCGGUUUGAUCAACUCCAGGGACGUGCCUCACAAUGCGAACCUCACUUAUUACUUUGGUAUGGAUCCUCAUCAAGACCUCCUGAUGCUUUAUGACAAAGUUCAGGGGUUCUAUGAGGUCCUUUACGACGUCUUGGGUGAGAAUGCCUCCCGCUACUGCCCACUCCAUGCGGAGAUAUACAUCCCGGAGUGCAUCGAGAUUGCCAUGUGCCUGGUCCAGCGUGACGUCCCGAAGUACAUGAAUACAGAAGCGUAUGCUUCUAUUCUGGAGCAGGUGACGCGCUUCAACACGAUCGUCUGGGAGGCCAUCAAAUAUGGUCUCGGAUCCGAGGACCCGACCGAGAUCGGUGCAGACAUGGACAUUCCAAGCGAGUUCGUCUGCGACGAGAAUGAUCAUUCCCACGAUCAUCCUGCUUCCUUACUCCAGAGCGAUGCAUCGACCUCGGCUGUGUCUUCCGCCAUGCACCACGCUGCCCGCUCCACACACCAGAUCCUGGCGGAGCACACUGCAAAUGCCUCGUUGGAUCACACGGUGGAUCGCUUGCAGGAGGCUUGGCAUCCAGUCUGCAACGUGCUGGGCUGCGACCACACCAACUUUCUGGACAUCCACCUGGCAUCGCACCGCCACUCUGUGGCCCUAAUGCAGGAAUCUUCAACCUCCCAGCUGCACGCUCACAUCAAGAGCCGUCAGAAACUCCAUCUCGAACUGGUCAGGUUCACGAACAAGCAUGGUGCUGCUUUUGCAGACAGAUUCUACAGGAGCGAUGCACAUGCUCGGUCCGAGGAAGCUUUCCGGCACUAUGCCCACAUCACCCGCCGCGCUGUUUUGAACCACUUGCUACCCAUGCCAGUCAUCCUGAACAACGAGACCAAGGCCCUUCGGUGGGUGGAUCGCGUGGAGUUCGGGAAGUUCUACGAAAGCUGGAAGCAGCGCAAUGCCGAAGGCAACGUGUCAAGCCACGCCGGGCGCCCAGCGGCGCUGGCGUUGAUGCAGGAGAUCUCAGCCGACGGGUCGACGGAGCUCGUGGAUGACCAGCAGCUCCUGCAGGACGAGGAUUUCGAGGAUGACAUGCCGGUUUCGGAGGAUGAGGAGGGAGAAGAACGUCUGGACGAGCACCCAGAGCACGCACAGCUGGCCCUCUUGGAAGGUCAAGAGGAAGCUGGCGAGCAGUUGUUCGGCCGCCGUCGGCGCCGUCGGCGCAGGCGAAGGAGCCGCAGAAGAAGACGCAGCCGCCGAAGGUGGUGGAAGAAGCUCGUCGAAACCGUCGUGGAAACGGUGUCGGCCGUGGUGCAGGCCGUGGCGGACUUCGUGUCGAGUGUCUUUGAAUGCUUCGGCGCAACGAGUCGUUACUCUUCGAUCGGCUACUCGAAAGCCUUCGGGACAAAUGCUGGCGGAGGAUUCGGGUUGACAGCAGGCGCUGGAGCUGACUUGCGGAAAUUGAUCCAGGACGGGGCCAAACCCAGCGCUUCUGUUUGCAUUGGCUUUGGAGUCACGGUUGGUCCUGGAACCGGCGGAGCUCGCACUGGAGUGGGUGUUGGGGGUAGCUUCUGCUGUGGGAGCACCGGAUGCAACAUCGGCAUCUCGGUCGGGGCCGUGGCCCAGGUUUCCGUGGACGGUAUUGGCCCUGAAUGCGUCUUUGGCAAAGGUAUGGGGCCACUCAAGUGCAAACGCACUGAGGGUGUGUCGUUGAUGAUGACAUGCUGCCGCUACAACUUCCAGAACGGCGAAACCACCUGUCGCUAA